UCCUCUCUUCACUUGGCACUUCACUUGCUACUUACAAAAUGGUAUUCCAAUCUUAACCUGCCCUCCAUAAUUAAAACAUCAACCACAAGUUUUUCCAUGACAAAAUAGGUUUAAAUGCAUUAUAAUCUUGCAUACAGAAUGGCAUUGUAGAACUAGCCACUUAGUGUUGUCUUAGGUAUAUUAAGAGAGAGAGAGAGAAAAUGAAGUACGAUUCUAUACUUGCUAGAAGCUUCAGCCGGUACGAGCAGAAGAAGUUCAGAUAUGGGGCAUUAUUCGGUUGCUUGCUGGUCAUUUUGAGUUUCUGCACUGUGUUUAAGCCUUAUUUUGGUCCGCUACAAGUUUUAAAUUUGCGGGUAUCGAUGGGGGCCGGUCUGAAGAUGUUAAUGGUCAAGGACACAAGAAGUUCCAAUAAAAUAAUCAGAGAUACUAGCAGCUCUAAAUACAUCCAUGAGAAUAUAAGCCAUAAUUCUCGACAUGUAGUUGAUGAAAUUACCAAUAUUACUUCCCAACAUAUUGUUAAGAAUGCAAGCAGCAGCCGGAAUAUAGUUGGGGACGUAAGUAAAUCUCUACCUUUGGUGGAUGGAAUUAGUAAUAGCUCUCAGCAAACAGUUAAGAACAUCACGAACAGCUCCCACCAAUUGGUUAAGGAUAACGACAAUUUACAGCACAUAGCUAAAGUUCCAGAGUUUGUCCCAAAGGAAGUAGUACUAGAGCCAGUCUGCAAUUUCACGAUAAGGUCAGACUUUUGCGAGACCAACCAUGAUAUAUUGAUUGAUGGAAGUUCCGCCUCUGUAUUUAUUCCUUCAAGUACUCAUCAAACAGGAAUCUCGUCACAAAACAGUUCAUGGAUUAUCAGGCCUUAUGCUCGAAAAGGAGACGAAGCCGCAAUGAAUAGCGUAAGGAAAUGGUCAGUAAAGUCAGUGAUUGAUCCCCAACAACUCCCAAAAUGCACCAAAAAUCACAGCGUUCCAGCCAUUAUUUUCUCCAAUGCAGGAUAUGCAGGAAACCAUUUCCAUGACUUCACUGACAUCGUUAUUCCUCUGUACAUGUCUUCUAGACAGUUCAACGGAGAAGUCCAAUUUCUCAUUACAGACAACGGAUAUUGGUGGAUCGAGAAGUUCAGAAAGCUACUCAAGAAGCUGUCUAGAUAUGAUAUCAUCGACAUUGACAAAGAAACUGAUGUCCACUGCUUUCCAAGAGGGAUUAUUGGCCUUAAACGCUAUGACGGUAGAGAGCUGACCAUUGAUCCUUCUAAGUCUUCUCAAUCCAUGAAAGACUUCAGGGAGUUAUUAAGAAGUUCAUAUUCAUUACCCAGAGCUACAGCUAUUAAAAUCAAGGAUGGUGAAAAGAAAAAGCCUCGACUUCUGAUUAUUGCUCGAAAGAGAACACGGUCUUUUACAAAUGCAGGUAAAAUUGCUCAAAUGGCUAGAAGAUUAGGAUACAAAGUAAUUGUGGCGGAGGCAACAAUGAACGUACAAAAAUUUGCAGAACUUGUAAAUUCUUGUGAUGUACUGUUGGGAGUUCAUGGAGCUGGGUUGACCAACAUUGUUUUUCUUCCUGAAAACGCGGUGGUUAUCCAAGUAGUACCCUUAGCGAAGGAAUGGUUAUCAAGAUUUUAUUUUGAAGAGCCUUCAAUGGCUAUGAAUUUGAGUUACUUGGAGUACAAGGUCAGAGCAGAAGAAAGCAGUCUAAUACAACAAUACCCACUUGAUCAUCAAGUCCUGAAAGACCCCUCCUCCAUCCGGAAACAAGGAUGGGAAGCAUUUAAGUCAGUGUACUUAGACAAACAAAAUAUACAGCUUGAUUUGAAACGGUUUAGAGGUACUCUGCUAAAAGCCCGUGAGCUUUUGGCUCGCUAGAUAUACAUAUAUUUUUCAAUAGGAAACCAAUUUCAACAUAUAUCAAUUGUUCAAUCCAUCGUCCUUUUACGUUCACUGUUUCAGUUUCUAAUUAGAAAAUAUACUAUGUGUACAAGGAAGCUUAGCAUUUUAAUAAACUAUAAAUGUACGAUCAA